CCGGUUUAACACUCGUUUUCCUCGAUUUGGUGCCGGACAACAACCACGAGUCAGAGAGUUGGUUACGAUCGAGUAAACCAUACUCGGAAAAAUUAAUCCGGAUCGAAAAGUGAAGAAACAUCAGUGGAAAAUAUUUUCGUAGGGGAUCUUCAAAUGGAUGGAGGGGUGGUUGUCUAGGGGUUUGAGGUACUCUGGAGGCUUUUAAGAAUUGUCUCUGUUGAACCGAAUUGACCCUCGUUUAUCAAUUGACUGUAAUUGAGAAGAGGAAGAGGAGGAUUUCGACUGAUUGAUGGUGAGAUGGCAUUCGGACAGAGUGUCGGCUCUACCCAGGAGGAGGUGAUCCAGAGGGAUCGCAUCGAGGUGGAGAUGGGGGAGAAGAGGGUGAAUGGACACUCGAUGAGCAAGAGCAAUGGACAUAUCAAGAUGGACGGCUGCAGCAGAACGAAAAAACGAAAAGAGGAGCCUCAGCGUUCGGGAGAAUCAUUCGAAGAACCGUCACUAAUUACUAUCGCCCUAACUCACCUCGGUUUUUACAUUCUCAUGCUCCUGGGGAUCAUCAAUAAGCUGUUGUUCACACCGCAAGUGGCCAAGGAGCAGAACAGAAAGGGUUAUCCUCCACUUUACGAUGCCUUCGACACAUUCUACUUGAGAUACGUUUACAGAAGAGUCAGGGACUGUUGGAAUCGACCUAUAUGCUCAGUUCCAGGGGCUAUGGUCACCCUGAAGGAUAGAGUUACUCACGACCACGGUUGGACAUUCCAAUUCACUGGGACUGAGACCCCCUGCAUCAAUCUAGGGUCUUAUAAUUACUUGGGAUUUGCUGAAGCCACUGGGCCCUGUGCUGAUCAGAGCAUCGAGGCUGUCAAGAAGUAUGGACUCUCUACCUGCAGCACACGUCUGGAACUCGGAACCAUGCCAAUACAUUUAGAAUUGGAACGUCUGACUGCCAGAUUUCUGCAAGUUGAGGAUGCCAUUGUAUUUGGCAUGGGUUUUGCAACGAAUGCGCUGAAUCUACCGUCUCUAGUAACAUCAGGGUGUCUUGUACUGAGUGACAUUAAGAAUCAUGCGUCAUUAAUUCUUGGAUUGAGACUGUCAAAAGCUGUCACCAGAGUUUUUGGUCACAAUGACGUUCAACACCUCGAAGAAUGCCUGAGGGAGGCAAUCGCCAAGGGCCAACCGAAUACUGGCGAACCCUGGAAAAAAAUCGUCAUCGUAGUCGAGGGAAUCUACUCGAUGGAAGGCUCUGUGGUUCACCUCCCAGAGAUGAUAGAGUUGAAGAAGAAAUACAAGGCAUAUCUGUACCUGGACGAGGCUCACAGCACUGGGGCCAUGGGGAAGAAUGGGAGAGGAAUAUGUGAUUACUAUGGAGUUGACCCUAAGGAGAUUGACAUCCUCAUGGGAACCUUCACCAAGAGCUUCGGCUCGGCUGGGGGUUACAUUGCUGGCUCCAAGGCCCUCAUAAAUCAUUUACGAGUGCACAGUCAUGCCCACAGCUACGCGGUGUCAAUGUCACCGCCUAUUGCCCAACAAAUUAUAACAUCGAUGACAAUUAUCAUGGGUGAGGAUGGCACGGAUGCUGGUAAAAUUCGUACGAAACAAUUGGCAAGAAAUACGAGGUAUUUCCGACGCAAGCUUCACCAGAUGGGGGUCAUCGUCCUGGGGCACGAGCACUCGCCAGUUAUUCCGAUGAUGGUGUACCUGUACUCGAAGAUUGGACUCGUUGUGCGCACCUUCACGGAGAAUAAAAUUGCUGCUGUGGGGGUGGGAUUCCCUGCAACACCCCUCAUGGCUGGGAGAAUAAGAUUCUGCAUAUCUGCUGCUCAUACUAAAGAACAACUCGAUUAUGUUAUCAAGAAUGUCGAGGAACUUGCUGAUCACAUUGGGUUGAAGUACUCGAGAAAGCUGAGGGACCCUAACCCCAUCGAGUAUUACUCUGAUGAUGAAUCAGAAUAGGGGAAUUUUUGACGAUAUUUUCAUCAUUGGAAAAUGAUUUUUGGGAAUUUAUUCAGUUGUGAAGAGGUAAAGUGGAGAAAUUUAGGGAAGUGGGGAGGAGUCGGUGGGGGGAAAUGUUUAGAGACAUUUUUUGUUGAGAAUUAAAUUGAAUACAAAAAAGCUUCUCGACAUUUCCCUCUAAAUCUCUUCGGGGUAAAAGGUAUUUGAUGUAGGCAGUGGUGUAGUUUAUAACAACGAAAAAUCAAGUUCAUUCAUAGAUAAAUGCCUUAAACAUACAACUGUGCUGAUUUUUUUGAUAGCCAGGAUCAAUAAUUCAUGAACGACUCAGUAGUGAAGUGAUAAGAAUGGAAAUAAGUCGUUUUUUCCAGAUCUUAUUUAGCGAGAAAUUACCAUGGCUAUUUUUUUCAGGAGAAAAUGUCACGUAAAAAAUAUUUUUUUUAAUUUUUAGUCACAGACAAUUAAUGAAACUUUUACUUUUCUUUUUUACUUUUGAAAUUCAAGUAAAUUUUUUUGCUACAUAAUUAUGGUAUUGUCUCAUGAAUGAGGCAAUUUAGAGUAAAAGUACAAAACUUUUUUUCUAGUAAACUUAAUUUUCUGUUUAAGAGAGUCCUUCGACAUUUUUUUCAAUAUCGAAAAUCUGAAUUAUUAAAUAAGUUUUAUCACUUCACUGUAGAAAAAUUCUAGUACAUUCACUGCCUCUCUAUAUUUUAAUUUCAGCUCGUGUAUAAAAUAUCAUAGUAUAAAUACGCAAUCGUCUCAAUGAUCAUUUUAAUAAUUACGUUUUUUAUGCAUGCUAAUUCAGGACAAGGCUCACUCCAGAAUGAUAAUGGAAGGGCAAUUAGUAGAUAAGUUAUCUAAUGGAUUGUUUGAUCGAGGGGACGAAGACUAAUCAAUUCUCCUCAUUUCCAAACAGCCAUUUCGACUUUGAAAUAUGAGAGAAAAAACAUCCCGAUACGUAAUGGUUGAUUAAACAUUAAGGGAACGCUAUUUUGUUUGAAAAAUAAUUGGAUAAAAAAUGAAAAAUUAUUUGUUCGGAAAUUUGAGGAUUUCAGGCUUCAUCCCCUCGAAAUAAGGGACAAUGGAACAAAUCACUACAUUUCAUAUACCUCACAGCAUAAUGAGAUAAUGAACUUGACAAAUAACGAGCACAAAACGGAAUAAAAUUCAGCAAAUAGUGCAUUAAAACAGGAAAAAUUGUCAUCUUCUGAAAAACCGAUUUUUCACUUUCAUUUCGUUUUUAAGAACAUGAGUGAAUGAAUGAUAUUUCUUUUAAAGUAGCUCUACCCUUACGGUAAAUUCAAAGAUUAUUGAAAACUGAAAAAAAAUUGCA